AUGGUUCCUGGCAUCAAAGUACCCGCCGAUAGCAGCCAUGGCGAUGAUGGCCAGACACCCUCCGAAUAUGCCAGGAUUACGAGGUCUGCGAGCAAGCGUAGCGUGCAGCACCGUGAAGAUGGGCUACCUGGCGAAGGAGCAAGGGGUCGGGCUUGGAGUGAGGAGGCAUUGAAUGAGCUUGUGGCGAAGAGUGAAUGGGAGGAAUAUGACGAUGUCAAGUCGCUGACGGGUGAGGAGAAGGAGUUGGGGAAUAGGGCAAUGAUCAAGCUUGACGACAGGUGCAAGAACCUCCUGUCGGACAGACGGGGCAAUCCUCAGUGGGACGACAUGAUCCAAAUCGCCAGGGCUCCGACCCAUUGUCCAGAAGCCCUGGGAAGGCGCCAAAUAACAGUCAACAUGAAGAUAGCAGCAGCAAUAAUAUAA